AGGGACAUUUUUGUGACGUACCCUCAACAAACUCCAGGGGUGUUGCCUUGUUUAUGCAGUUACUGUAAUUUGUUUUAACUCGCCUUCUUCCAUUGUGGUCUUCACCUGUUUAUUCUUUUCCAGUAUUGACAGUUUAACAACGUACUUUAUUAGUUGUGUUUUCGUGACAAGAAGCAGAAAUAAAGUAACCACUUGACUUUUAUCAUAGUUAUGUUUAGUGCUGGAGUCGUUUAAAUUGUGACGCCACAUUUGGGAAACAUGACUCAAAAUCACCUGCCAGGUAUGGAGUCGUCCGCCAUCUCGGUACUCAAGCGGGCGGUGGAGUUGGACCAGAGUGGCCGCUUCAUAGAGUCUCUGGUCUGCUACCAAGAGGGAAUCCAGCUGCUCAUAGACAUUUUAAAAGCAGCAAUGAACGAUGAAUCGAAGAGAGGACACUACAGGGAAAAAAUAAAGGGUUAUAUGGACAGAGCAGAGCAAAUUAAAGCUCAUGUUAACAAGGCGAAAGAAGAUGCAAAGUACCACGAGCAAGUAAAGAUUGCGGAGGACGCGACAGGUUACAGCUACGAGGUCGUCUUCAAGCCGUAUAUCAGUGAUGCUCUUAAAGAAGUCUGGGUGGAAGACCCCUACAUACGACACACUCACCAGCUGUACAAUUUCCUGCGGUUCUGCGAGAUGCUGCUCAAAGCGCCUUGUAAAGUGAAGACUAUUCAUCUCCUCACGUCAUCAGAAGAAUCUGAUGGCGGCCAGCAGAAAAGCGCACUGGCCGAGCUGAAGCACAGCCUCAGUGCUCAAGGCAUCAAUCUGGACAUUCAGUACUCAUCCACCAUCCACGACAGGGAAAUCAGGUUUGAUAACGGCUGGAUCAUCAAGAUUGGAAGAGGGCUGGAUUACUUCAAGAGACCCAAAGGACGCUUCUCAGUUGGAUACUGUGACUAUGACCUCAGGGAGUGCCACGAGACCACUGUAGACAUUUUCCACACGGAACACACCAAAACCCUAUGAGUCACACACAGUCAAUGACAUCACAUGUUGUUUCAUUGACUUGCGUAAAAACACAUUUUAAUUCAUGAACGAUAUAUUGUGCAUUAUAACUUUCACAGUUGCAAUUUAAAGAAAAAAAAGGUUUUUCAGUUUUUAUGAACACGAGAGUGGGUACUUUUUUAUUAUUAUUAUGAAAUGAAGCUCUUAAAUGGGAUGAAGUUUUGUUAGAGUGCAAGGGUAUAUAUUUGAAUGCAUCGUGUAAAAAGGUUGUGCAAUAAAAUACAAAGGCUACCAUUAUUAUUUUUUUUUUUUAACUAAUUCUAUUGAACUAAAAAAUCUUAAGCAAAGUAACAUUGGCUUAUUUCAGGGUAUACCUUUUCUUUGCCAAAUAUUACCUUGGAUGUAAGUCAGGUGUAAGCGAGCAAGGCGGUUGACUUGGGUGCCAUCUAGUGGAGAGGGCGCCAAACUGCUUCGGUGGAAAAAAAAAACAUCCUGAAAAUAAUUCUCAUGUUAUGCUUCCCCAAUGUUUUCUAAAAUAUGAAUUCCAGUUCAAAAGACUACAUGUUAAAAAAUAUUUGCUGUCUCCGACCUGGAUUGAAAUAGCCGCGUUAUUUUGUCGCACUCAUGAGGCAGGGAGAAACGGUUCGCGCUUACAGCAUGUAAGCAGAUCCACUUCACCUACAAUUCCAAAUAAUGGCAGGAAGGAGAUUAAAUCAAACGUCAUUCACACUGUUUUAGGUCAGAACUAAAAUUACCACAACGACAAACCAACUAUCAUAACUAGUAAUUAAUAUAACAAACAGUAACAGAAGAAAUAAUUUGUACAAAACAUGAACUUUGAAUGAUAUUUACAGCGCCGCAUUGCAUGCUAGGAGGCAUGAAGUAUGAGUUGCAAUAUGUUGUAUGACUACAUUGUUGACAGCAGGUGGCUGCAGAGCUCAUCUCUCCCAAGGUAAGUGAGUCUACAUUGGGCAGUGAUGGCCAAUUGAAGCUACUUGACGAAUGAAGCUUUGAUAUAUGAAGCUAUUAAAAUCUAUGGCUAUUUGAUUUAAGAAAAUUACAUGAAUUGUGUUACUAUAUAAACAAUAUGCAACAAGUGCUAUAAGGAUCGUUUCCUAUUCAUUUUUAUUUGGAAAUAAUAGCUUUCCCACAGUGUUUUGGCUUUAAACUGUACACCCUUUAAGUUGAGAAAAUACAAUAUUGAAAAAAUAUAUAUUCCUAGCCUAUAUUAUCAAAAUAAACCUAGGGUCAGGUCCCACACGGUCCCAGUUGAAGCCUGGGAGACCAAGAUUUAGCUUUUUGGCAACAAACACUCUAAGUGGGUCUGCACUUGUAUUGAAGGUUGGAUUUUUCUCUUUUUUUCCAUUAAGGUCCCAUAUUAUUUGAAUUAAAAAAAAUAUAUAUAUUAGAAGCUAAAGAACACAUCUUUUUCAGGGUUGCCAAUAAUUAUGGAGGGCACUGUAUAUAUGUAUAUAAUAAAGAUGCACAAUAAUAUCCGUUACUGAUAAUUAUAGGCCGAUAAUGGCAAUUAUGACGUCACACUGAUAAUACAGAUAAAAUAAAAAAAACGUGCAACCGAUAAGGCAAUCCGAUAGUCAUAUACUUUAUUUAGUCUUCAGCUAAAGUCUCCAGUGCUUUCUCUCAAACCAUUUUCUAGUGCGUUUUGAAGUGUGUUUUGGGUCAUUGUUGGAAGACCCAUGACCUCUGAGGGAGACCCAGCUUUCCUACACUGGGCCCUACAUUAUGCUGCAAAAUUUGUUGGUAGUCUUUAGACUUCAUAAUGCCAUGCACACGGUCAAGCAGUUCAGUGCCAGAGGUAGCAAAGCAACCCCAAAACAUCAGGGAACCUCCGCCAUGUUUGACUCUGGGGACCAUGUUCUUUUCUUUGAAGGCCUCGUUUUUUCCCCCUUGUGAACUCUAUGUUGAUGCCUUUUCCCAAAAAUCUCUACUUUUUUCUCAUCUGACCAGAGAACAUUCUUCCAAAACGUUUUUGGCUUUCUCGGGUAAGUUUUGGCAAACUCCAGCCUGGCUUUUUUUAUGUCUCUGGGUCAGAAGUUGGGUCUUCCUGGGUAUACUAACAUAGAGUCCCUUUUCAUUCAGACGUUGACAGAUAGUACGGGUUAACACUGUUGUACCCUUGGACUGCAGGACAGCUUGAACUUGUUUGGAUGUCAGUCGAGGUUUUUUAUCCACCAUCCGCACAAUGUUAUGUUGAAAUCUCUGGUAAAUUUUUCUUUUCCGUCCACAUCUAAGGAGGCAAGCCACAGUGCCAUGGGCUUUAUGACACUGCGCACGGUAGACACAGGAACAUUCAGGUCUUUGGAGAUGAGAUUGCCCAUGCUUCCUCACAAUUUUGCUUCUCAAGUCCUCAGACAGUUCUUUGGUCUUCUUUCUUUUCUCCAUGCUCAAUGUGGUACACACAAAGACACAGAACAGAGGUUUAGUCAGUUUUAAUCCAUUUUAACUGGCUGCAAGUGUGAUUUAGUUAUUGCCACCAUCUGUUAUGUGCCACAGGUAAGUAACAGGUGCUGUUAAUUACACAAAUUAGAGAAUCAUAUGAUUUUUCAAAGGGUUCCAAUACUUUUGUCCGGCCCAUUUUUGGAGUUUUGUGUAAAAUUGUAUUGAUUUAAUUUUGUUUCCAUUCUCUUUUGUGUUUUUUUUUCAGUGCAAACAAAAUAAAUGAAGAUAUUAUUACCAAAACAUUUGUAAUUGCAAUCAUUUUCUAGGAGAAACUGAGCAUUAUCUGACAGAAUUGCAGGGGUGCCAAUACUUUUGGCCGGCAGUGUAUAUGACAAUCUACAGUACUCAGUCUAGAAGGCAGAUGGCUGACCUGAUGUGAUAGUGCCAAUGGCAGUUUGUGCCUAGAUAUCGAUGUAACAGUGCAAAAAGGCUAUAAUGUAACUGCAAAUAUUGCAUACGCAGUACCCAGAUUGAGACAUAUUACUGAAUGAGAUGCAUGGGACAAGUGUUUGUCUCUAGGUGUAUCUAAUAUUGUGGUCCGUCGACGUUGCUGGGAAAAUGUGUGAAUGAACUGUCAACCGUGUGAGUUGAAACGGCGUUAUGAUCGGAUUAUCUUUCGGCCUUAAUCUCGAUAUGUCAUCUGUAUGCAUG